AUGAAGUUCUCUGCUACUGCACUUGUCGGCACUCUUGCAGGUCUUGCCUCGCUGUCCACGGGUGCACCCUUGGAGAAGCGCGUGUCUGGCACGCCCGGUUUCGACAUUAGCGGGUACCAGCCCAACCCGAACUACUCGUCGGCCGUUGCCAACGGCGCCAAGUUCGUCAUCAUCAAGGCUACCGAGGGCACCACGUUCAAGUCGUCCUCCUUCUCAUCCCAAUACACGGGUGCAACCAACGCUGGCUUGAUCCGUGGAGCGUACCACUUUGCCCACCCCGAUUCGUCCUCGGGCGCCACCCAGGCCAAGUUCUUCCUGGCCAAUGGAGGCGGUUGGUCUGGAGAUGGUCGCACCCUCCCAGGAAUGAUCGACCUCGAAAGCGUUAGUGGUUCCCCCACCUGCUAUGGUCUGAGUCAGAGCGCGCUGGUUAGUUGGAUCAAGGACUUUGGUAACACCUACAAGGCGUCUACGGGUCGCUAUCCCAUGAUCUACACCAGUUCCGGGUGGUGGAACCAGUGCGUGGCUUCAAGCGCCUUCGCUGCUGAUUAUCCUCUGGUGGUGGCCAACUACGGUGUGUCGAGUCCCAAGAUCCCCACGGGAUUCAGCUACUACUCCUUCUGGCAGUACGCCGAUAGCGGCACCUACCCAGGUGAUCAGGACACUUGGAACGGCGACCUUGCCAGUCUGAAGAAGUUCGCCACCGGCUAA